UGUCAGGCUUAGACCACCAUCACAGGUGACUAUUUUCUACUCUUCCAAUUGUUCAUGACUCUAUUUUCCGAAUGGGUUGCGAGAUCUUUGUAGUACUAUUGGUUUGUAGGGAAUUUGGUUUGUGGGAAAUUGGGUGUAGAUGAUCGUGUUACUGUGUUUUUUGAAUAGUUAAAAUGGAAGAAAAUAUUGAUGACAAUAUUGAGCAAUGCUCUUCGAGUGCUGCUUAACAUCCGAAGAGGUCCACUUCAUCUGUAUGGGAUGAAUUUGAAAAAUUGCCUCAUGGUGCUGAUGGAAAAAUUAGGGCCAAGUGUAUUUUAUGUGGGCUACAAUAUGUCAUUGGUAAAUCAGGCACGUCGAAUUUAUUACGCCAUAGGGAAAAAUGUCCUAACAGAGAGCCUCAUGACUUUCAUCCUUUUAUUCAGGUAGACCAAGAGAUGUACCAUGCAAAAAUGGCCAUGACAAUUACUAAGCACAAUUACCCUUUUACAUUUGUGGAACAUGAAGGAAUUAGAGACAUACAUUCUUUUUUAAAUCCAAUGGUGAAAUCUGUUUCAAGAAAUACAGCAAAGGCGGAUGUAUUGAAGCUAUUUGAAAGGGAUACAGUAACAUUGAAACGUACAUUAGAAUCCAUUACAAGUAGGAUAUGCCUAACUUCAGAUUUAUGGUCUUCCCUAACUAGUGAUGGAUAUCUAGCUCUUACGGCACAUUACAUUGAUGAGGAUUGGGUUCUAUAGAAAAAGAUCUUGAAUUUUCGUCAUGUUCCUCCUCCACAUAAUGAACCAAUUUUGGCUAAAAGAGUUAUUCAUUUGUUGAAAGAUUGGGGAAUUGACAAAAAGAUAUUCACCCUCACGUUGGAUAAUGCAAAGUAUAAUGAUGGUCUCGUUGAUGUCUUCAAGUGUCAUAUUUUGUUGAGCAACUCUUUGUCGUGUGAUGGUCAAUUCUUUCAUAUACGUUGUGGUGCACAUGUGUUGAAUCUCAUAGUUCAAGAGGGUUUGAUAGUGAUUGAGGAAGCGAUACAUAGUGUUAGAGAAAGUGUCAAGUAUGUUAGAGGUUCAGAAGUAAGGAAAAUCAAAUUUGUUGAAUGCCUUGCUCAAUUACCUUCAUGUUGUAGUAAGAAGGUUCGGCAAGAUAUUGUGACUAGAUGGAACUCAACAUAUUUGAUGCUUGAAGGUGCCCUAGUUCAUCAUCUUGCUUACUAUCUAUUACAGUUGGUUGAUAAAAAUUUCAGGACAUGCCCAUCAGAAGAGGAGUGGGAAAGGGUUGAAAGAAUAACUAGGGUUUUAAAGCCAUUUUUUGAGAUAACUACACUAUUUUCCUCGUCCCGGUAUCCAACUGCAAAUUUAUACUUUCAUGGGGUGUGGAAGAUACAACUUCUCAUUAAGGAGGAGAUGGAAAGUUUAGACGAUGUUAUAAGUUUCAUCGCAAGAAGGAUGAAAGGGAAAUUUGACAAGUAUUGGGAAUGCUAUAGCAUGGUUUUAUCGUUGGCCAUUAUAUUAGAUCCUCGAUACAAGCUACAAUUUGUUGAGUUUUGCUUGAAAAAGCUAGAUUUGGUGAACUUUUCUGAUCGGGUUAAAAGCAUUCGUGAGAAGCUAUAUUUAUUGUUUGAAGAUUAUGUGAGCCGUUCUCCCGCAUCGACUUUCAAUCCGUCAUCAGUACACACUACUAGUGGAGGCAAUCAAAAUGACAUACUUGAUGUGUUGGACGAAUUUGAUGUUUUUGAGAGUCAAGAAUGUGGAUUAAGUAGAGUCAAGUCAGAACUUGGCUUAUAUUUAGAAGAGCCUAGACUUGACAGGAAGAAAAAUGUGGAUUUGGAUAUUCUUUGUUAUUGGAAGGCAAACACCUCUAGAUAUCCAAAUCUCUCAUUCAUGGCACGUGACAUUUUGAGUAUUCCAAUCACCACAGUUGCUUCAGAGUCGGCUUUUAAUAUUGGAGGCCGUAUUAUAGACAAAUAUCGCUCUUCACUCAUACCGAAAAAUGUAGAGGCAUUGUUAUGUACUCGAGAUUGGCAAUACAAUGCAAAUAUUGUUGAAGAGGAGGAAGAGCUUGUGGAGGAUUUUGGAGAGAGAGUUGCUGCACUCCGCGCAAAUACAACCAUUAGUGUCUAAGAAAGUCUAUAACUACCCAACUAUCAGUUGCAGAAAAGUGUAGCUUAGGUGCAGAAAUAUCUGUCAAACUAUAUGGUUAAGUUUAUUAACAGUGGGUAUCGCCAGCAUUCAAAUGUUUAAGUUUAUUAUACUCUGUAUCUGUCAAACUCUAUGGUUCACACUUUUCAAUUGUUGGAUUUGCCUUUUUUUUUCAAGUGAGGUUGCAAGUCAAUGACAUGUGGAAGGAAGAAAAGCAACUCAAUGUGGAGUUGUUUGACCCAUGUUCAACCUGUAAUGGGGAAAG